GAGCGGAGGGGAGGGUUCUUAGAUCGGUAUAAAAGCCGGUUUUCGGGCCUUAUCUGACUGUCGCUGUAGUAAUUCCAGCGAGAGGCAGAGGGAGCGAGCGGGCGCACCGCCGAGGGUGCCAGAAUCUAGCUACCGGAGAGCCGAGCCGCGCUCCCGGAGCCCGGGGCUGGGAGAGCCGGAGUGAAAGGGGCUUCUCCUCCGGCCCCGCCGCCCUCCACCCGCGGGCCGCACCCGGGCAGUAGCUGCGGCGAAACUUUGCUCUUGCCGCGGACCGGCACUUUGCACUGGAACUUACAAAACCCGGGCGAAGACGCUGACUCCCGGAGCGGGGAGGCGAGUCCGUCUGACUGGGAAGCACUUUCCCCGCUGCUGCCCGCGACACCCACUGCCUCUGAAAGGCGCUCCUCGCCGCGGUUAGGCGCUGGAUUUCCUCCGAAGGGUGGAAAAGCCGCAGGCUGCCACGAUGCCGCUCAACGUCAGCUUCGCCAGCAGGAAUUACGACCUGGACUACGACUCCGUACAGCCCUAUUUCUUCGACGAGGAGGAGAACUUCUACCAGCAGCAGCAGCAGAGCGAGUUGCAGCCGCCGGCACCCAGCGAGGAUAUCUGGAAGAAAUUCGAGCUGCUGCCCACCCCGCCCCUGUCCCCAAGUCGCCGCUCCGGGCUCUGCUCGCCCUCCUACAACCUGGCCUUCGCGUCCUUCUCCCCCGGGGGAGACGACGGCGGUGGCGGCGGCGGCAGCUUUUCCACAGCGGACCAGUUGGAGAUGGUGACCGAGCUGCUGGGGGGGGACAUGGUGAACCAGAGCUUCAUUUGCGACCCGGACGAUGAGACCUUCAUCAAAAACAUCAUCAUCCAGGACUGUAUGUGGAGCGGCUUCUCGGCUGCAGCCAAACUGGUCUCGGAGAAGCUGGCCUCCUACCAGGCUGCGCGCAAAGACAGCAGCUGCCAGAGCCCGGUCCGCGGCCACGACGCCUGCUCCACCUCCAGUCUGUACCUGCAGGACCUGAGCGCCGCCGCCUCUGAGUGCAUCGACCCCUCCGUGGUCUUCCCCUACCCGCUCCACGAAGGCGGCUCGCCCAAGCCCUGCUCCUCGCCAGACUCCACCGCCUUCUCGUCCUCGGACUCCCUGCUCUCGGCCGAGUCCUCCCCACUGGCCAGCCCCGAGCCCCCAGCGCUCCACGAGGAGACACCCCCCACGACCAGCAGCGACUCUGAGGAAGAACAAGAGGAUGAGGAAAUCGAUGUUGUUUCUGUGGAAAAGAGGCAGCCCCCUGCCAAAAGGUCAGAAGGCGGGUCACCCCCUGCCAGAGGCCACAGCAAGCCUCCCCACAGCCCGCUGGUGCUCAAGAGGUGUCAUGUCUCCACCCAUCAGCACAACUACGCUGCCCCGCCCUCCACCCGGAGGGACUACCCGGCCGCCAAGAGGGCCAAGUUGGACAGUGGCAGGGUCCUGAAACAGAUCAGCAACAACCGCAAAUGUGCCAGCCCCAGGUCCUCAGACACGGAGGAGAACGACAAGAGGCGGACACAUAACGUUUUGGAACGCCAGAGGAGGAACGAGCUGAAACGAAGCUUUUUCGCCCUCCGUGACCAGAUCCCCGAGUUGGAAAACAAUGAAAAGGCCCCCAAGGUGGUGAUCCUUAAAAAAGCCACUGCGUACAUCUUGGCCAUCCAAGCUGAGGAACAGAGGCUCCUCUCGGAGAAGGACCUGUUGCGUAAACGGAGGGAUCAGUUUAAACACAAACUCGAACAGCUACGGAACUCUUGCGCGUGUGCGUAAGGGGACCUGUGCUUGAAGGAACUGGAAUCCUGAAUUGUCACUAAGGAAAAAGUAAGGGGGAGGCUCCUUCUGACAGAACUGCGGCAAUCCAUUAGGAAUGAACUUGCUUCCAGUGCAUGGUCAACUGCAACCUCACAACCUUGGCUUGAUCUUGGGACUGAAAGGUUUAGCCAUAAUGUAAACUGCCUCAAAAUGGAACUCUGGGCAUAAAAGAACGUUUUGUUGGUUUGUUUUUUAUGCUUGCCAUCUUUUUGUUUCUUGUUUUGUUUUCUGUAACAGAUUUGUAUUUAAGAAUUGUUUUUUUAAGAUUCUAAGGUUUACCCAAUUUUCCUGUGUAAAUAUGGCCAUUAAAUGUAAAUAACUUUAAUAAAACAUUUAUAGCAGCUAUAUGAGAUUUCAAACCAUGUAUUAUAAACCAUAAUUUUUUUUUAAUUUAAGUACCUUUUCCUUUUUAAAGUCGAUUUUUUUCUAUGGUUUUUAGAAAAAAAA